UCCUCUCUAAUCCACCCAGAGCAACAAGAUGGGGAACACGUAGGGAAUCGAAUGAAGGUUCAACAGAUUAGAUGCAUAUCCAGCGUUGCGUGUCUCUUGGGGUGCCAUCUGCAACAAUAUUUUUCCUUUAAACCCCAUACCCUCGUGCGCCCUUACGAUCGACGAGUUUGCCAAUUCAUCAUCACCAUCGCUUAUCAUGUGCUCACCCGGUCAUGGUACACCGGAUGGUGAUGGUGCUGCUGUGACACACACCAGCGACGUGCGUCUUCGUCUUCCUGCUCCUCAGUUCAGCUCGCACGCACGGAAAUACACUGCACCGAAAUGUACCUGACCCGUGGCGUAUCCCUGUGCAGCGCUGUCCAACAUCCGCGAAAGUAACCCCAUCGCCGCCGUAAGCAAAGAAGAACGCGUUUUCGCUGACCCGCAGAAGGCGAAAGAAAAUCCCCUCCCCCGCUCCCCCUCCGCGGAACCCAAGAUCCAUCCCUGGGACUUCGGAACUGGCAACAGCAGAAACAGCAGCAACAGAAGCAACAAAGAGUGGCGAAAAGCAAAGGAUUUGUCCCAACUUGUUGGUCCUCGUGAGACAAAUUGGCAACAACAAAAGAGAGCGGAUCGCGAAUCCGGAUUCCGUGGUGGCUCCCUCCCGACUGGCCGGCCAUCCGCUGAGUAUCGGGGACUGUGAUGUUAUUGUUUUGACUAUACGGAAUCCCCGGAAUACAGACGUUGAGUGCGUUGGCGAUGGUUUAGAAUCCUUCAGCGGCUUGCGGUCGGCCGGAACAGUACGGCCGUACAAGCAAAGUGUGCCACGAGAGUGCUUUUCGUGCGUUUUGCCGGACACACGCAGUGAGCUAUGAACUCUCAUCGUCCGCAUCACCAUGGUCCUGCAACGGCUAUGCAUCAAUCCCCGCUGGGUGAGGUGGAUACUGCCGUUGCUUCACCCUCACCGCUGCACAAUCGCUUCGAGGCGGACAAGCACGCUUGGGAAGAAGCGAUCCGUAGAUACGUCGGCAACGAUCCGCUCGAUCUUUGGUUCAACUACGUCAACUGGUACGAGCAGAACCGAUCGUACGAUCGGGUUAACAACCUUCGGCCCAUCCUGGAGAAAUGUUUGGCUCAGUAUCAGGAAACGGAGAGCUACAAGCAGGACAUUCGGCUAGUGAAGCUCUGGAUGAAAUUCAUCGAUAUGCAAGCGGAACCGCCAUCCUGGUAUCAGAUGCUGUACAACAAAAAGAUCGGCACCCAGUGUGCCAGCUUCUACAUCAGUUGGGCACACUAUUGUAAUAUUGCCAAAGCGUAUAAACAGGCCGAUUCGAUCUAUAAUCUUGGUCUUCAGAUGAAUGCUCGCCCUAUUGAGGAUCUGCAGGAGGCACAGAAAAACUUUCGCCUUUCGCAUGCCGGCCGCACACUUUACAAUGAUCAGCUAUCCAAAAAGCGAUCCUCUAGCACGCUGGUAGAGCAACAGACACAACUCAUCUCCCACAGUCCACCGCAGAAGCGCUUGAGGCAUGAAUCUGGGGAGUAUCAACCGCUACCGCACCAAGAGCCGGAUGUACCUUCAUCAAACUACAUAUCUCCGGCUGCGGACAGCGGUGUCGAAAGAGCGCCGCAACAAGUCCGACCAUCAGGCACUUAUGAAAUAAACAGCAACGUAUACUAUCCGCAUCAUCAACAGCAGCAGCAACUGCAGCAACAGAGGCAUGCAGGAAUGCCUCCACAGAAUCAACACUCGUUGCACCAUACAUCGGUGGCAUCGGGUGGGGUAGAUUCGUCAGAACAACAAUACCAACAGUACCACAGUCACCAUCAUCAACACCCGCAGCACCAUCACGAGAAGCAUAAUGGGACUUACUACCAUAGCAACAAUCGUAGCCAACAUGACGUACAGCAACCAACAACACUGCGAACAUCGGAACCACCCACGGUAGCUACGCAAACUCCAUCCAAAUCGUCGCAGUCUCCCCCCAUUGCUUAUCAUCCUCAGGCUGCCCAAGAGGAACAGCAUGUUCAGCCGACAGCUGUAAGUGUGAAGCCUUCAGCAGCACCUUCUACGGACUAUUCCGAUGAUAGCAUCAUCGAGUGUAAUCUCAACAACUCCGCGUAUGUGAUCAGUUCUUCACUCAGUUACGUUUACGACGAUCCCGAACUCCAACAGUAUGGGCUUCCAUCUGCACAAGCAGCGGAACAGGAAGGUCCAUCCGAUGGUAAUGCGGAAGAACCGCCAAUUUGUGAACCUCCUGAGCCACCCUCGGAUGCCCUUCGGUUGCCGGAGGGCUUUGUGCGUGAAUCUUACACAAACCACGAGACGUGGGACGUACCACUGUGUCUGGAGGAACCGUAUGAUCCGGAGCGGCGUUGCUAUUAUCCUAAGCAUCUCGUCUACCCAGAUCUGCACGUCGAACGACCGACAAUGGAAUUUUCGCUUGAGGAGAUUCGUUCCCGCGUAUGGUAUCGCAAGCGCCAGGAGCAGGAGGAUCAACGCGCAGCAGAAAGAGCUCGGCUUGCGAAGCUGGAAAAGGAGAAAAAGAUGCGCCAGCUUCAGAUGCAGCAGUACGAGCAGCAGCAGCAACAGUUAUAUCAGCGACAACAGCAGCAACAACAGCAGCAGCAGCAGCAGCAGCAGCAGCAGCAGCAGCAGCAGCAGCAGCAGCAGCAACAACAACAACAACAGCAUCAGCAGCAGCAGCAGCAUCAACAUCAGCAACAACAACAGCAGCAGCAUCAACAUCAGCAUCAACAACAACAGCAGCAUCAAUAUCAUCAACAGCAACCACAACCGCAUCAGCAUCAGCAAGCACAGCCGCAGCCGCAACCGCAUCAGCACCAGCCACAACAACAACAACAACAACAACCGCAACGCCAUCAUCAUAUACAUCAGCAGCAACAGGAUCACCAUAGAACGUUUGUGCAGCAGGAGUAUCACAACGUAUCUAAUCACCAGGCACAACAGCAUACCGGUUAUCAGCAACAGGUGCGACAGGGUUCGAUACAACACACCAGCAAUUUCUAUCAUCAGCAACAACAGCAGCCACACAGCCCAUACCAUGGAUAUAAUAGCAACAGUAAUGGUUAUCCAGCCACACCACCCCAGCACCAUCCAGCGCAACAAACACCCAAUAUGACUCCCCACAGUCCGUACCAUCAUCCACACCAUCAUGCUCAUCAUCAUCCGACGGUCAUACAAAGUCAGCAUCAGUCUUCAGUGCCUCCGUCACCGGUACAGAUGCACUCGCCGUCUCCGAUGCACUAUCCAGCGCAACAGCAUCAGUACGCUCAUCCGCAAGCAACGCCGUAUUCCCCGCAAGCACAAGGGCAUUACGAUGGAUAUAAUCACCAGAGCUACUCUGCUGGCCAUCAGUCUGCCCCAAAUCAUCAUCGAUCCUAUCAAACGAUGUCGACUGUAUCCACGUUUGAAUCGCAUAGUCCGGCACCUCAUGCUGUUGUGCCCCAACCAUCACGGCAACCAGCACAUCAGUACGCCAUGACACCGCAAACUCCGCCAAUCACGCCUCAAACACAGCCGUACGCAAUGCCAACAAACAUCGACAUAGUGCAGCCACUAACUCCAACAUGCCGGAACGCACCCUUGCCAACUGUUGCCCAGCAAUCGCAACAAUACCAACACCAUUCGCAGCUGCAUCAGCAUUUGCAACCGCAACAGCAGCAUCAGCAUCAACAGCAUCAGUACGUGAAUCAUCCCUUGCCGCAAGCCGUUCCCGCAGGGUAUCCCCAGCCUACUACGGAUGUGCGUGAUGUGAACCAUCAUCAACAGCAACAUCACUAUUCUCAGCAGCAAAAGCAACCCCACGUACUUCCUUCCACAGCAGGCGUACCUGAUACAAAUAACCAUCUACCGCAAUCGGCAGAUGUUGGGGGAACCAAUGGUGCUGGAGCACCAUGGCAGCAGCAUCAUGAAGCAAAUAUCAACAACAACAGCAUUAGCAUCAAUAGUAAUAGCAACGAUGCCAAAUACGGCAGAAGUAUCGAUGAUGUGGAGGAGCAAAUUGAAGCCUCAACAAUCCGGUUCUCGACCUCCACAGAAAACGGCACCAGCAAAAGCAAAACAAUUACGAUCAAAUUUAAGAAGGAAAAAUCGAGCACCUCCAAUCCAUCGAAUCCUUUCUCACCAGCCACACCGUACAGCACGACGGCGGCUGGCUCGCCUCCUACGGGGACGGAUUCUUCGUACGGUGCAAGCGAUCAUCAACCGCUGGCUUCGACGAGAAAAUAUUCGAAGCAACCGAAACCGACCGUCGAAGCAAGCGGUGGUGCGGAGGAAGGAGAGGAGCUAUCGAAUGAUCACGAUCAUCGAUCGCACAGUGGAAAGACCAAAGCCAACUCAUCCUCCACCUGCAAAGCGUCCCGGGGUUCGAAACAUUCGAAAAGAUCGAAGGCCCGUCGCUCUUCACCGAUCGGAGUCGAUCUGGACGCCACACUCGUGCCAGAAGAAACGCGCGCAAACGGCAGCAAUCGGAUGGAUGAUGCUAAUUUGUUGCUUUCGCUUUCGCACUCUGGGGAAAAGGAUGAUGAUUCCUCACUCUCAUUGCUAUCGCAUGCAUCGGACGGUCGAUCGAAACGGACGAAAGGCAGCUCAUCCGCGAAGCGCUCGAAAUCGAAGCGAGGUAGCGGCACCAGUACAAAGAAGCGCCCUCCAGCCCGCCGGUUCGUGUUGUACGACGAGGAAGAGGAAGAAGAUAAUGGGACCGUCGGAGACGAGUAUUCCGAGGAAGAGGAGGAGGAAGAGCACGACGAUGACGGCCUGCAGGAUAAGUUCUACAGCGCGAGUAUGAAUGGCAAUAUCGAGGUGGAUGCCGAUGCUGUUCAUAUUGAUGAUGAUGAUGAUGAUGAGGACGACGAAGAUGAUGAAGAUGAUUAUUAUGUCGUACUUGAGGAUCAUAGUGGAGGUAGCCAGCGCAAUGGUGUGACGCAAACCAAACGUAUAGGACGUCCCGAUGACGAUGAUUCAUCGUAUCAAUCGAAUUCGGAAUUCAACACGUCUUUCAGCAACAUUUCAUUUGCCGGUGACAACAGUAAUGGACCGUUCAACUAUGCUGGAGGUAUUGCUAGUGGCAGUGCUGGGAAUGGUGGGGGAGCUAGUAGUGGUGGUGGUACUGGUAGCGGCAGCGGCGGAACAGGAGUCGGCGUUGGAGGAAAUAGCUGUUCAACACCGAUCCGUCGGACACAAACAUCCACCAAAACUUCCACCCCAAUCGGUUCGUUCCGGUAUCUGCGAAAGCAUGAAUCGAAUCUAUCCAAUCUGGGUCAGAACGAGGACUCGAUGAACUCUACUGUGGCCGAGAGUAGCUUCUUCCAGGUGAACGAACAGGACGAGGACUCCAGGCGGCGUCGGCUGGAGAAAGCCCUCGCAACGAUCGAUAGCCAUCUGACGAAAUCGUUCGUCGAUCCGUUCAGCAAUGAGCUGUGUCGUGCGUUCUUGACGAAGGUUGACUUUCCGUCGCGCAGUAAAGAACAUGCGGAACACUAUAGCAUCACCAACACGAAUCUUCCGAAGCUUUCCAAGGGUCAAUCGGUACCACUCGGUGGUACGGUGUAUAACGUCGAGAAGGAGGUUGGCCGAGGAUCGUACGGUUCCGUGUUCCGUGCGGUCAAUACGCAAACCGGAGGUGUUGUCGCUAUCAAGUACCAGAAACCGGCCAACACCUGGGAGCUGUACAUCUGCACGGAGGUGAAGAAGCGACUGAAGAAAGUGAACAUGCUUGCUGGAUUCAUGGAUAUAUGUGCCGCUGUGAUUGCACCGAACGCGAGCGUACUGGUAUCGGAAUUUUCUCAGUACGGAUCCCUGCUGGAUAUCAACAACAAAAUCAGAACGGCGACGACGAAGGUUAUGCACGAAUCCCUAGUGAUGCACUUUAGCAGUCAGAUUCUAUCGAUCGUGAAAUACCUCCACGGUUGCAACAUCAUCCAUGCUGACAUAAAACCGGACAAUUUUUUGUUGAUGAAAAUACCCUCGCUUGAUCUGAAAGCGCCAACGAUCAGACUGAUUGACUUCGGCUGUGCCAUCGAUAUGAACUUUUUCGAACCAAAGCAACAAUUUAAAAAGGUUAUACAAACGGACGGAUUCACGUGCAUCGAAAUGCAGGAAGGGCGCCCGUGGUCGUUCCAAACCGAUCUCUUCUGCGUCGCCGGUACGAUUCACGUGAUGCUGUUCGGUGAGUACAUGCAGCUGGUGAAAAAGUACGAUUGGGACAUUAAACAGAAACUGCCAAGGUAUCUCAAGAAACAUGUCUGGACCGAGGUGUUCCAGAAGCUGCUCAACAUUAAGGACAUCGAUCACAUGCCGAACUUGGCCGAUUUGCGCGACCUGAUCGAUAACGAAGCAUACAACAUGGAAUCGGAACUCGUGAAGCACAUUCGUACGCUGUCGAAUUUGUUGAAAAGCCGAUAAACCUACCGCGGUUGUGUACGGUCUACCGUACCGGUUCGUUUCGUGUUUCGCGAUAUAUCUCUUAAGGCCGGUGUUCGUUUGUUGUUUGGCGAGCUCUGCUAAGGAUUGUAGAACAAAAUCACUUUACACCAGAGCGAUUCCGAGUUUCUUCUGCGCUAGAUCGCUUAGAUGAUUUUAGCUUUUAGUUGGCACAAUUGUAUAGAAUGAUUUUGUCUUGCUUCUCAAACGGAUAGUAGUAUUCCAAAGAUUAAUUUCACACUUCUUUGUAGAAAAGAAAUCCUAAACUGUAACAUACAUUCUGCUGGAACUCCUUCUUCAUGAUUAGUUUACUCUUACUUUGUCGCUUAAAUUAUUUGGUUUUACCUUCUGUAUAACCGAAGGUUUAAGCCACUGCACUGACGGUUGCAAUGAAACAUUGUUCAUUGUCACGGGGGCAGCAUAGCUAAUGUUAGGCACCGAAUAUGGCACCAUUAUUGAUUGGUUUUGCUAUUGUUUGUUCACCAAUUCACCUUAACAGAAAACAAUCCUUCCCGUCUCGCGGGCGUACAUUGGCAAUCAUUUAGGUCAUUAGGUCUCCCCUCGAUUCGCUAUUUAAAAUUGAUUCGUUUUCUCCCUUUUCAUUAGUAGCACAUUAAUAUAAUUGUAUUAUGUAUUAAACAUAGCCAUUAUAGAGAAUCGGAAUUAGAGAGAGAAAGUAUAUGUUGUAAAUAACUCGAUGAAGCUUAGUGGCAUACACAAUUGCUGUACACACUGCAACUAUCGAUAGUAGUUAAAACGUGCGUUCAAAUGAAGGGUACGCAUGGCACGGACACUUCCCGUCGAUUGGCACAGGCAAACAAUGCGCUUUGAAUGAACGAACAGCCGACAGACAAGAAACGGAAACGCUGAAGCGAUCCUCAGCGAUAGAUCUCUAUAGCCGUGGCCACACGGAGCGAAAAUUUGCGCGCAAAUUUACAAAUUAAUGCCAAAUCGUUUACGCUUCGAUAUGUUUACGUGGCCGGGUUGAGGAAAUUAAAAUCGUUUUGUGGAAGAAAAGGAUUGAACACACUAGCAAUGAUCACUAUCUAUCAAU